UCAGCCUGCUGCAUCCUGUUCACGCUGAUUCACAGCCGGCCACAACGCAUGUCUGACCCGCCCCUCAAGAGCUCAUUCACACCCUUGGGUGGCCCCUUGCCCUGUGAUUUACACCUCAUGAAUCUGCGCACGCUGGCUCUGCCCAAUACAGCCCCAGUGGGUGCCAAACCGGAGUCAUCCUGGACCCCCAGCAACACAACAGCCAUGUUCUUGCACCGCCUCCCCCAUGACUGUCGGCUGCGCUCAUAUGCCAUGCGGUGUACCCAGCAGACCGAUUCUGUGGCAACACUUGCCGAUAUGUUUCCCGACUACUUUGGACCAAGCGUGGAGGAAACCACGCUCUCACUUUUGCGAACGAUCUCGUCAACGUACACCAAGACAUCUCGUCUGAACUUGCCUUCGCCUGCCGAGAUGGCUGCAUACAAACUUCAGCGACGGUGAACAACCCCGCCCUUGUCUGGACAACCAUUCCCUUUUAAUAUCAUCUACUUGCCAAAAAGAAAGAAAGAUGUGGGGAGGAAUUUGCUCCCUUCGCUUAGGAAUGGCCAAAACUGACCCAAUUGCAUGCGUGUUCUGCGGGACAAGUUGACAGACAUGACGCUACUUCACAUUUGCUGUUAAGCAAAACAAAUACGUCAACACCGGUACAUGCAACAGCAAGUGCUUGGUCUGCACUGGCCAUUUAAUGCUCAAGUCUUCCCCGGUCUACUUUCAUCGCAUCUGGACCUGUGUCUAGUUUUAUAGAGUGCUAUUCUUUUUCUUCCUUUCGUUUGGUCUUGAAUAUUGUCCCGACAGUCCUAUUUAUUUUCUACUCAUUUACGUCAUAUUCGCGUUGUUUGAUUCCAUACUUCCCUUUGCAAUAUAGGGUGCUGCAACGUACCAAAAAAUGUUAUUGUCAGAUAGAUUUUAUAAAUUAUUUCUACGUUAUGCAGAGCCACGGCGUUGUUGAACUCUUGUUCACAUUUGUGACCAUCAAUUUGCCAGACAUUGAUAUAUUGCGACCAUCAAGUUGGCAAUAAUUGGCAAGAGGACGCUUACGGCAAGUUGCUUAUAUGAACUGCCAAAACCUACCUUAAUACGUCGAAAUUUUCCGAUGGGCUGGGAGGCUUUAGUCCAAUUUUCUUUAGUUUAAUCUAUUAUGUUUAGGUUUAAAUAUAGAGGCCUUUAUUUUAUGCAUAGAAGGGUGACCCGAAUGAACUUGUACCAGUGAUGCAUGACUGUUUAGCACUAGCAACCAAUGUGUGCAAAUGCACACUCAUGAAAAGGCAGCUGGAAUUAUUGGUAGACUGCCUUUUGAUUGUCUUCCCUCUUGUAAGAGCGUAAUAGUGCUAAACGGUGAAAUGUGUGAUUUGCACUAGAUGCACUGUUAGCCCUCUAACCACUCGAUGGCACUGGAGUACUUUUAAUGAAGCGAGACUUGUUACAGCAUGUUGACACCUUCCUGCAUAGCCCAACUGAGCCCACAGGCUUGUGUGUGUAUGGUAGUGUGCAGCCCAAAGGCCUGUUAGCAACAGCAGCUGUUACCAAGAGCUACUACUUCAAAUGUGGCGCAUCAACUUAGGCAGAACUGUGACUUAUAUGAUAACAGAGGAAUUGUGAAUAGUGUAUACAGUGGAUGUAGCUAGGAUGUUUUUAAUAAUUUUUCUCUGUGAUUAGAAGAAACAAGGGAGAAACUGUUGUGUCGACCCUUUGUGUCUAUCUUGCCGGUGAGUCAUUAGAGGCAGACUAUACUGUGUUUGUGUGGCCCACAAUGCAACCAUUCCAUAGCACUGUGUUCUAGGGAGAGCAGUGUCCUGAACAUGAUGGGCCUUUUUUUUUUCUUUGUAAAUAACAUUAAUUGAAUAGUUAAUUUGUGUCGUGGAAGAAUGCAAGUGCAGAGAGCAUUAGCUGUGCAAAAAAAUUUGUGUUGUGGGAGAAUGCAAGUGCAGAGAGCAUUAGCUGUGCAAAAAUAAAGGCGUUCAGAUUC